CUUCGCCAGUUCCAAGUGGAGACGAUACAUGGGUUACUUAAAGCUCUGUCUGUGCUUUGUCAUUUUAUUUAGACAGACGCAGGCGCGGAAUGCUAAGCCCGAUGAUCCAGAUGAGAGGGACGAGGACCAAAUAACCAUCGGCUGGCAAGUUGGCUAUGAGAAAUGGCAGCGACAGUGUGAGAAAUAUGAGUUGCCUGCCACCCAACAGGAAGCAGCGAUCAGCACACGAAUAGCUAACGGUGAACUGGCGCAGAAGGAUAUGUUUCCCUACCAGGCGGGACUAAUACUGCAGCUGGGUCAGGGUAAAUAUCGGCAAUGUGGUGGCUCCUUGAUCACUUUGCAGUUUGUGCUGACAGCAGCGCAUUGUUUGAUUGAUUCAACGAGGGCCAAGAUUUAUUUGGGCAGCAACCAAUAUGCAAAUGCAACUGAUGCCCAGAAUGUAUUCCAAGUGGAGAGGCAGAACUUUAAUGUUUAUCCCGGCUAUUUGGGCUUUGGUGGGUAUAAUGAUCUGGCACUGUUGCGCCUACCGCGCCCCGCAACGCCCACCUCCAGCAUACAGACCAUUCCACUGGCUCGUCCUUUCAUGCAGCAAUCCCUGCUGGAGGGUCAGUUGGUUACCACCUUAGGCUGGGGCGCAUUGGGCGAUAACUUGAAUGUGACCAAGGAGCAGGAGCUCGAGGAAGAUCUGCUACACUAUGUGACUGUGCGGGUGUUGGAGCAACAGCUAUGCCUCUGUUAUUUUCUACCCGGCUUGGUGAGCUCGAAGCGGCAUAUUUGCAGCGAUGGUCGUGGUGGGCGUGGCGGGUGUCAGGGGGAUUCGGGUGGUCCACUGGUCUAUCGGUGGCACAAUGUCAGCUAUUUGAUUGGACUAACCACAUUUGGCAGCGCCAAAGGCUGUGAACUGGGCGCUCCCACAGUCUACACUCGGGUAACGGCCUAUUUGGACUGGAUUGUGAGCAAAACGAACAUGGAGAGCUGAACGGCAGCCAGGCAACCGGGUAACUGGACAUCCAGGCAGUCAACAGUCAACUAAAUGCAAUUAACGCCUAAUUGUUGGCCAUUAAUUGCUUAACAAUAUAGCCAGGGCCGCGGCAUGUCCUGGCCAUGACAAUAAAACCAAUUAGUUUAACACUAACAAUGAAAUCGA